CAGCCGUGACUCGGGAUGACGCAACCACGGCGGGUUGCAUCAGCCCGCACCCUCGCGCUCAGCCCGCCCCAUCGUCGCCCUGCUCCGAGCGCUGAUUGGGCCACGUUGGGCACUGACCUCUGUCUCAGCCAAUGGGCUGCAGCCACAGAGAGCGCUGUUUGUCGGGCCCUGGUGCGCAGCGCCCAUAAAAGGUACCCGAGACGGGGGCGCGCGUCCCAAAGACGCCAAGUGUCGUUGUGCCGUGUCCGACGGCUGCGUCGCCUCCCGCUCGGCAUCCUUGAGCGCAGCCGAGCCGCAGACGCCGCAGGCAUGGAACCCGAGCCGCAGCCCGAGCCGCAGCCUGAGCCGCAGCCCGAACAGGUCACGCUGCUGGUGAAGAGCCCCAACCAGCGCCAUCGCGACUUGGAACUGAGCGGCGACCGCAGUUGGAGUGUGAGCCACCUUAAGGCCCACCUGAGCCGAGUCUACCCCGAGCGUCCGCGCCCGGAGGACCAGAGGUUAAUUUAUUCCGGGAAGCUGCUGUUGGAUCACCAGUGUCUCCGAGACUUGCUUCCAAAGCAGGAAAAGCGACAUGUUUUGCAUCUGGUAUGCAAUGUGAAGAGUCCCUCAAAAAUGCCAGAAGCCAGCACAAAGUUGCAUCAGGUCCUGUGCUCUGACCUUUGUGUUCCUCAGAGCACUGAACCCACAGAGCAGCCGGCGAACACUAAUCAGGCACAGCAUCCUGGGGAUUCCUCGAGUGAUGGUCUAAGGCAAAGGGAAGUUCUUCGAAACCUUUCUCCCUCCGGAUGGGAGAACAUCUCCCGGCCUGAAGCUGUCCAGCAGGCAUUCCAAGGUCUCGGGCCUGGCUUCUCCGGCUACACAACCUAUGGGUGGCUGCAGCUCUCCUGGUUUCAGCAGAUCUAUGCAAGACAGUACUACAUGCAAUACUUGGCUGCCACUGCUGCAUCAGGAGCUUUUGUCCCAACACCAAGGGCACAAGAAAUACCUGUGGUCUCUACACCAGCUCCAGCUCCUAUUCACAAUCAGUUUCCGGCAGAAAACCAGCCAGCCAAUCAGAAUGCAGCUGCUCAAGUGGUCGUUAAUCCUGGAGCCAACCAGAACUUGCGGAUGAAUGCGCAGGGUGGCCCUCUUGUGGAAGAAGAUGACGAGAUUAACAGAGACUGGCUGGACUGGACCUACUCGGCGGCCACCUUCUCCGUUUUCCUCAGCAUCCUCUACUUCUACUCCUCGCUGAGCAGGUUCCUCAUGGUCAUGGGCGCCACCGUGGUUAUGUACCUGCAUCACGUCGGGUGGUUUCCCUUCAGACAGAGGCCAGCUCAGAACUUCCCGGGUGAUGGUCCUCCUCCUCAGGAAGCUGCAAACCAGGACCCCAACAAUAACCUCCAGGAAGGCACGGAUCCUGAGACGGAAGACCCCAACCGCCUCCCCGCAGACCGUGACGUGCUGGACCCUGAGCAGGCCAGCCCAUCGUUUAUGAGCACCGCAUGGCUAGUCUUCAAGACUUUCUUUGCCUCGCUGCUUCCUGAAGGCCCGCCAGCUAUACCAAACUGAUGGUACUUGUGCUGUCGCUGGCGGCUUUGACAGCUUGGACUGGAUCGUCUGGCUCCAGCUCAUUGUCCUCACCUGGCGUGACUCAGCAGAGUCAUUGACAACCCACAGGGUGGCGGUGUGCUUUUGUGCCAAGCAGAAGCACAAACUAAGACAUGAAGCCGUGACACAAACUGAACAGGGCCCCUCAUGUCUUUAUUCUGAAGAGCUUUAAUGUAUGUAUACUGUAUGUAGUUUCAUAGGCACUGUAAGCAGAAGGCCCGGGUCGCAUGUUCUGCCUGAGCACCUCCCCAGAUGUGUGUGCAUGUGUGCUGUACAUGGAAGUCAUAGACGUGUGUGCAUGUGUGCUCUACAUGGAAGUCAUAGAUGCAGAAGUGGUUCUGCUGGUUCGAUUUGAUUCCUGUUGGAAUGUUCAAAUUACACUAAGUGUACUACUUUAUAUAAUCAGUGAAUUGCUAGACAUGUUAGCAGGACUUUUCUAGGAGAGACUUAUGUAUAAUUGCUUUUUAAAAUGCAGUGCUUUACUUUAAACCGAGGGCGACUUGGCAGAGGAAAAACCUUUGCUGGGUUUUCUGUUCAAUAAUAAAGUUUUGCUAUGAAUGACUGUG